GUAGUCCGGACCUAUCAAACGUAGACACUGUCAGUGGGAUAACUAUACCAGGAAGCGAAUCCGGACUAAUCAAAACGCCCACAGACAUGCUGAGAACAUACUUAUUAAGCUGCACGUGUGCUGUUGUACUACUAAUUGCCUGUGUAACAGACGCUAGAUUCCUGGACGACGACUUGGGAUCACGUGUUAAACGCCAAGUAGCAGAUGCAAGAAUGGCGGAAGUACUUGCCCUGUUAGAGCUAGAGAGUCGACUCCAACGUUGUACAAGACUAGGGUGUGGUCUAAUAGAUCUCGAAAGCGGUAGAAAGAAAAGGGAUGUAUCCAGCGUACCGAAUUUCAGAGGAUCAAAUACACAGAGAAUAUUAAAUAAAAUUUUACGCCAAACACCGGAACAAUUGUGAUGAAAUGGAAAUCUUCUAACUUCGGCCUAGGCUUCCGUCCAUCUUUAAACUGACUGCAAGAAGACGCAAUUAGUAAAUCGUCUCUAUCCUUCAUACAAGAAAAGAAAGGAUAAUUGAUUCAUCAUAGUGUUUUAAUCUGAGACUCCUUCCGGCUCUCUACAAGACUGAAAUUGAGAUAUCUAUCAGAAGUUUUCUCGGAGGGUAUGCUAUAAAAUCUAGAUAUUUUGGUGCCGUGCAAACUCGUAGCUCUGUAACUUGGCUUGGCUGGGUUUGUCAGAAGAUGAUACCUUUGUUUUUCAUUGUGUUUCAUUUGAUGAAGUACUGUAACGUAUACGGUUUUGAUCCACUUCAUUUACCGCAACAAACUUUUUUUUUUUAUCUAUUUAAUGCCCAAGUUCCUUCCCACUUCAUCGUAAGUGUUGUCAAACGUUUAUAAAGACAUUUUCGUCAGUGAACUCGGACUUUUUCUGCAAAUCUUUACUGCAAGUGAAGCCAAAAAAUCUACAAAAUCUCUACCGUGAGUGACGCCAAACCUUCCAAAAACAACUUGUUAAUGAAUGAUGUUCUUCACGAAUCUUUACCUGAAGUAAAGCCCACUAAAAAGAUGUUUUCCGUGGUUGACUUCAAAUUCUCUACAGACGUCUAUCCUUCACUCAGUGAUUCCAAAGAUUAUCCAAUCUUUGCCUUGGCUAAUGUUGAACAGUCUACCCCGAUCUCUGACAUGCGUGAUGCCAAUCAUUCGAUUAAGACUCUUUCUGUGCUAUGAAGUAACAUCUAUGUAGGUGAAUGUUAGUAAAACACGGAAUGUAUGAUAUGAAAGUAGAAACUGCCAUUGUGUUUAUUUUAUGUGUCUCAGGAAAUCUAGCUGAGCUAGAUAUAUGUGUGUACGCCAUUUUAAUGUAUAUUUAUUAAACAAUAUUUAUUUUUCACUUCUGUGCUUCACGCAAGCAUCUGUUCUGUCUUCAUGGCAUAAGAAUAAGAUAAUAAAACUAUAACGUUUAUACCUUUA